UCCUCCAAUUCUCACAUUUCUUCACCCCAGAACCAUCCUUCAUAGCUUCAAAUUCCCCCUCUAAUUUCUCUCUUCUGUAAUCUUUGUAACUAAUAUUUGGUUAUCAUGGGUCUCAUCACUUUUGAAAAUGAGUUUUCUGUCGCUGUCCCUCCUGCCAAGCUCUUCAAGGUCUAUUGCCUUGAGACUGAUACUCUUAUACCUAAAAUUCUACCACAAUCAAUUAAAAGCUCUGAGAUAAUUGAAGGAAAUGGAGGGCCAGGAACAAUAAGGAAGGUCACUUUUGUUGAAGGCAAAGGACUCACCUACGUGAAGCAGAAGAUUGAAACAAUUGAUGAAGAGAAUUUCGCAUACAGCUUCAGUUUGAUUGAAUCAAACGUUUGGAUGGAGGGAGUUGAGAAAGUCAUUUUCGAACAUAAGUUUGUGCCCACUCCUGAGGGAGGAUCCAUCUGCAAAAGAACAAGCAAGUACUAUAUAAAGGAUGGUGCUGAGAUCAAGGAGGAUCAAAUCAAGAAGGAUGGCAGGAAGACCGAAGGACUGUUCAAGGCUGUCGAAGCUUACUUCUUGGCAAAUCCUGAUGCGUGAACCUGAAAAUUCCUAUACCUUGUAAUAAUUAAAGGCUGCAGAAGAAAAAGCAAGUACUAUAUAAGUAUGUCAAGAUGGUUUCUGAAGUCUUUCCUUGUACUUCAGUUGAUGGUGUUGGAUUCUGCUUUGUAAUAAUUAUCUCCUUGCGGUGGUUCCGAUCAUUUUUUUUUUUGGUGGUUCCGAUCAUUUGAUCACUAGUGUUGGGUACUGUAAUGAAGAGAAAAGGUUUUUCUUAAUAAUAAAAUAUUCUGGUUUUGGUUUC